AUGUACUGUCAGAAGUGCAGACAGCCACUUCGAGCUGAUGCGACCCUCGGAGGUCUCAAUCCCGUGACCUUCGAUGUCCUUGUCGGGUCGACAGGCAAAUCUGUACAAAGCACUACUGCUCUGUUCUCUUUGAACUACGCCCAAGAACGCAAGAGCGUUUAUGACCGAGCGACCCAAUCUCCAGCUUCUCCCAUCCACAAAAGAACCAUCCCGCCCCCUCAGGAUGACCCAGCUUCAACGUUCCGCAAUGGCGCAGACAAUCCCAAGCCAGACAUGUCAUUCAUCGAGAUAACCCAGUCCCAAAUUGCAAUUCCGGAUAAGGACCAUAUCAAUAAGCGGAACCAAAGUCCUAAUGGACAACUGGAUUCCCAUGAGGAAGAGAAUGGUAGGGAUUCUUCCUUGUACAAAUACCUCGCCAAAACAGAAGCCUUAUUCUCCAUCCUCUCCUCUCGCUCUGAUAUUGAUCAUCCCAUAUGUAACGAGUGCACCUCUAUUCUUAUUGCCGGCAUGAAGUCACGAUUUGGUGGUGCCACCCGAGAAAGAGAAGCAUAUUCGUCUUUCUUAAGAACAACUCAACAAAACGUCUCCGCUUCCCAUACGAAUGGCUUGCAAUCUACACGAGAGUCGCAAAGAGCUUUAAAUUCUCUUUAUGAGCAAUUGGAGCGGACUGAGAAUGAGGUUGAGACGCUCAAAGCAGAGAUAGGCACUUUGGAGGAUGAGACACACAAGUCUGAGAUCCAGGAGCAAUGCUUCUGGACCACACGCAACUCAGUGGACGAUCAUUUGAAUCAUGCCUUUGUCAGCCUAUCAACCGCGCAGCAGUCUUUGGUUCAUGAUCAACACCAGCUCGAACGCCUCCAACGUACCAACGUCUAUAAUGAUACAUUUUGUAUUGGCCACGAUGGCUCCUUUGGCACUAUCAAUGGUCUUCGUCUGGGACGUCUCCCGAACCAAAACGUCGAAUGGGCAGAAAUCAAUGCGGCAUGGGGGCAGGCCCUACUCCUACUUGCUACGGUCGCUGAAAGGUUAAAGUACACCUUUCGUGGGUACCGUCUCAAACCACAGGGCAGUACGUCACGCAUCGAAAGGCUGGAAUAUCCUCAGCAAUCGCCGGAUGCCACAAGAUCCAUGAACCCUCGCGAUCGCGCACAUCACUCGGUGGCAGCAAACCCCGAGCCCAAAAUCACUCCCUUAGACCUGUUCAGCAGUGGUGAAAUGGCCAUUGGUCGAGUUCUGAAUCAUCGGCGGUUCGACAACGGCAUGGUUGCGUUUCUCGACUGUCUAUCGCAACUGGGCAGAUAUGUCGAACGAAAUUCCACUGUAGACAUGGCUCCCAAACCUUCGUUGAACAAAGCACUCCCUUUGCGUAACACACCAUCCAAGCCAGUUCUGCCCUAUAAUAUCCAGAACGACAAGAUUGGAGACUACUCUAUCAAACUCGGCAUGGGUUUUGGGGAUGCGGAAUCGUUCACCCGAGCUUGCAAAUACGUUCUUACUUGCUGCAAGUUCCUCCUAGCAUAUGUCAGCAAUUUGGAAACCCACCGAACUACUUGA